AUAUACUAAGUGUGACUUGGGGCCAUUUCAGGGACCAGGACAUCUGACUACUCCACAUUCAAGCCACAACGUACAUUUAGUGGAUAUUAGCCCCUUGUGAUAAAAGCUGUACGCAGUUUAUUUAUCCAUACAUUAAUAGUCAUACACUUAGGUUCAACAUCUACAAUGCCUCACCGUCUAGUGAUUGUAAGACAUGGAGAAAGCUCCUGGAACCAAGAAAACCGGUUCUGUGGCUGGCAUGAUGCCGAUUUGAGUGAGAAGGGAAGAGAUGAGGCUAAAAGGGGGGCUGAGGCAAUUAAACAAGCAAAAAUGGAGUUUGACGUGUGCCACACAUCAGUUCUGAAGAGGGCAGUGCACACCCUGUGGUAUAUACUGGAGGGCACAGACCAGAUGUGGCUGCCAGUGUACAGAUCCUGGAGGCUUAAUGAACGUCAUUAUGGAGGCCUGACAGGACUCAACAAAGCAGAAACAGCUGAAAAGCAUGGAGAAGAACAGGUGAAGAUCUGGAGGCGAUCCUUUGAUGUCCCUCCACCACCAAUGGGAGAAGACCAUCCAUACUACAAGCUCAUCAGUAAGGACAGGCGCUAUGCUGGCCUCAGUGCAUCUGAAUUGCCAUCAUGUGAGAGUCUGAAGGACACAAUUGCUCGAGCCCUUCCCUACUGGAAUGACGUGAUCGCCCCACAGAUCCGUGCUGGAAAACGAGUGCUAAUUGCAGCUCAUGGUAACAGCUUGAGAGGUAUCGUCAAGCACUUGGAAGGAAUGUCUGAUGCUGCCAUCAUGGAGCUAAAUCUCCCCACUGGAAUCCCCAUUGUAUAUGAGCUGGAUGACAAUUUAAAACCUCUUAAACCCAUGGCCUUCCUUGGAGACGAGGAGACAGUGAAGAAGGCUAUGGAGGCAGUGGCUGCCCAGGGCAAAGCUAAGAAAUAGAGGCAAUAUAAAGCCCGUCAACUAUGUGGACUGUUUUUGUGAAAAAAAAACAACUCUUCUACUGAUUGUAAAAUCUUAUUCAUUCAAUCCUGUUGUAAUUAAUGCUCACUCUUAUCACACACGGUCUUAUUUUUACUGAUGUCAGCCUUGUCAUAACACCCUGUUUUGGUGACCACUCUGUCUAAAACAGAGAUGCAUAAGUCACGGCUGGGGUCCCCAGCAUACAAGAUACUGUAAAUCAUUCAUUUUUCUGUCAUCAAUUGUAGACCACAUUUGGUACUCCUGAUGGUACAAUGCCUCUUCCAAAAUGUUUUAAUGUUUCUAGUCUACAUGACAACAGAGGAUAGACCCACGGAGAUGUAUACUCUAAACUCAAGGUCUCCACAUACAACAAAAUAUAUUGGACACAACAGAGCCUGGCAACUCUUCACAACCCUGCGAUUUCCAAUCUCUUCUGAAAUUAAUAAUCAUUUGGUUGUCCACCCAUUUACACACACAGGUCCUCGUGAUGAAAAACAUCCAAAAAAAACUGUUAUCAUUACCUGUAGGGAACAAUCAGAUUCUUUUCAUUCUCAUGGUCUCUAGUGAAACAUAAAAAAGACCAUCUGAACAAUAGUUUAAUAAUACAUAAAUAAUAAUAAUAAACAAUAGCGCAGACUUUUCUGAUCCACUCAUACCAUCACCUGUAUCUAUAUAGGUUAUUCUCAUUGCCUCGCACAUGUGUUUUUCUAUUAAAAAAAUGUUUUGCUUGUGAUCUGUAACAGUGUUCUAAAGGUCAUUUUUAAUAGCCAGGCCCUGAAAAUCCAUGAAACAUAAGUGCCCAAAAUAUUUUGCUUUCAGAACAUUUUGUCAUACUAUUGUGUAAUGUCCUUGACAAAUCUGCAAAUAUAUUCUUGUACCCAAAUAAACAAAUGCUACACCUGUG